GAAGCCAUGCGUUCCCUCCUGCGCCUCGCGCUGCUGGGCGUCGCGUGCCGCGCGGUGGACAAGAGCAAGUUCCGCACGUGCCAGGACACGCGCUUCUGCCGCGUCCACGCGCGCCCGGCGGCGCCGCCGCCGACCUACGCCGUCAACGACGCCUCGGUGGCCAUGGCCGACGGCGCGCUGCGCUUCGAGGUGUCCGAGGGGACCCUCGCGCCGCUCGUCGUGACCGUGCUGCCCCACGCCGACGCGGGCGUCGUCAACGUGCGCGUGACGGAGGCCGGCGUGUCGCGCUGGGAGCCCGACGACGUGCUCCUCGGCCCCUUCGCGCUCGACGGCGACGCGAAGCUCUCCAAGACCCCCGCGGGCGCGACCCUGACCCUCGGCGGCGGCGGGGCCGUGGCCGUGACCUACGCGCCCUUCACGCUGUCGCUGGGCCCCGCGGGCGGCGACCCGCUGAUCGUCGUCAACGGCAAGGACCUGCUCCACUACGAGCGCGGCCGCGCGGCCGCGGCCGCCGCGCCGUCCCUGGGCGACCCCAGCGGCGGCGACGCCGACUCCCACGGCUGCGAGGACGGCUUCGCCUGGAACGGGGAGCGGUGCCUCGAGAUCGCGGGCUACUGGGAGGACGGCCUCGCGCGCUUCGCCGACGGCACCAAGGAGGUCAAGACCUACAAGGCGGCGGAGGUCGCCAAGGACGACGGCGACUUCUCCGAGACCUUCAGCGGCCACACGGACGACGUGCCCAACGGGCCCAUGUCCGUGGGCGUCGACGUGUCGUUCCCCGGGUCGAAGGCGCUCUUCGGCUUGGCCGAGCACGCGUCGCAGUUCGCGCUCAAGAAGACGACGGGCGGCGGCGGCUACGACGAGCCCUUCCGCUUCUACAAUUUGGACGUCUUCGAGUACGACCUCGACGUGCCCAUGGCGCUCUACGGCACGAUCCCGCUCGCGUGGGCCGUCGCGCCCGGGCGGGAGAAACACUCGACCGUCGGCGUCUUCUACGACAACCCGACGGAGACCUACGUGGACGUCGGCGCCGGGCCCGACGACACCAAUUGGGACCUGCACUUCGUGUCCGAGUCCGGCGUCCUGAGCCUCUUCCUCAUCCUCCCGGAGACGCCGCUCGACGGCUUCGCGAAAUACGCGGCGCUGACGGGCGCGCAGGAGCUGCCGCCGCUCUUCGCGCUGGGCUACCACCAGUGCCGCUGGAACUACAAGGACGAAAAGGACGUCGCGGCGGUCCACGGCCAGUUCGAGGCGUUGGAUAUUCCCUACGACGUGCUCUGGCUCGACAUCGAGCACACGGACGGCAAGCGCUACUUCACGUGGGACGCGAACCUCUUCCCCGACCCCGCGACCAUGCAGGACACGCUCGCGAAAACGGGGCGGAAGAUGGUCACCAUCGUCGACCCCCACAUCAAGCGCGACAACAACUACGACGUCCACAAGAAGGCGACGGACGCCGGAUUGUACGUCAAGGAGCGGAAGCACGGCGAAUUGAAGGACUUCGAGGGCUGGUGCUGGCCCGGGAGCUCGUCCUACCUCGACUUCACGGCGGCCCACGUCCGCCAGUGGUGGGCGGAGCGCUUCUCGCUGGCGAACUACGGCGGGUCGACGGCGAACCUCUACACGUGGAACGACAUGAACGAGCCGUCGGUCUUCAACGGGCCCGAGGUGACCAUGGCGAAGACGCUCGUCAACCUGGGCGGCGUCGAGCACCGCGAGUGGCACAACCUCUACGGCAUGUACUUCCACCGCGCGACGGCCGAGGGGCUCAUGCUCCGCGAUUCGAAGGAGAACAAGCGGCCGUUCGUGCUGAGCCGCGCGUUCUACGCGGGGUCCCAGCGCUGGGGCGCCAUCUGGACGGGCGACAACGCCGCGCGCUGGGACCACCUCAAGGUCGCGUCGCAGAUGCUGCUGUCCAUCUCGGUCUGCGGGCUGAGCUUCGCGGGCGCGGACGCGGGCGGCUUCUUCGGCGAUCCCGACCCCGAGCUCAUGGUCCGCUGGAUCCAGGCCGCGGCCUACACGCCCUUCUUCCGGGGCCACGCGCACCACGACGCGAAGCGGCGCGAGCCCUGGUCCUUCGGCGAGCCCCACACGGCCCGCAUGCGCGGCGCCAUCGCGGACCGCUACGCGCUCCUGCCGUACUGGUACACGACGUUCGCGGCCGCGCGGUUCGCGGGGCUGCCGGUCAUGCGGCCGUUGUGGGCGCACCACGCCCACGACGCGGACGCUUUGCUGGUUGGCGACGCCUGGCUCGUGGGCGAGGAUUUGCUCGUGAAGCCCGCGACGGACGCGGGCGUCUCCACGGUCGACGUCUAUUUACCAAAGGGGACGACGUGGUUCGAGACGCACACGGCCGCGAUGACGAAGCGCAGCGGCGGCGUUUUAGCGAAAGGCGUGCCCGCGCCCCUCGACGGCACGGCGCCGGCGCUCCAGCGCGGCGGGUCCAUCAUCCCGCGCCAGCGGCGCCUCCGCCGGUCGACGGCCGCGAUGCGGUCGGACCCCUACGAGCUCACGGUCGCGCUCGACGACGCCGGCGAGGCGUCGGGCAGCCUCUACCUCGACGACUUCGAGACCUUUGGCUUCACGGGCGGCGCCUUCCACAAGUCGGUCUUCACCUUUGCGGGCGGCAAGCUCUCGGCGAACGCGGGCAACGACUGCGACGCGCGCGCGGCGGCGCUCGGCAUCGCCGCGGACGCGGGCAGCUUCGCGCCGACGAAUGUCGUCGAGCGCGUCGUCGUGCUGGGCCUCGCCGCGCCGCCGACGGCCGUGUCGCAAAGCCGUGCCGUCGCCGCCGACGACGACGCUGCUGCGACGCUGCCAAGCGCUUGCAUGCUUCGGCGGGCCAUGAAGCCGUCGAACGAGUCCAAGGGCGGCCUGCGCGGGUCCGUGUCGUCGGGCAUCAAGCGCCUCUGGCGGUCCAUCCCCGCGGCGCGGCCCAAGGGCGACGCGCCGCCGCCCGCCGACGAGGAGGCGCCGGCGGCGCGCGCCGGCGCGCCGACGCCCCGGGCGGAGCCGGAGAACGUGGAGCCGCCCCCGAAGGAGGCCUUCGAGCGCGCGGCGGAGCGCGUGUCGCGGGAGGCGCGGUCCGCGGCGGAGGCCGAGGACGCCAAGGCCGAGCGGACGCGGCAGCGCGUCGAGCGGAAGCGCGCGCGGAACCGCAAGCGGCCCCCGGGCGGCGGCGAGGACGCGGCGGCGCUGCGCGCGGCGAAGGCGCUCCUCGACGGCGGCGACGUCGAGGCGGCGCGCCGCGCCUUCAAGGACCUGCGGGACCGGGGCGUGCGCGCCGCGUCCGCGGGCCUCGUGGAGUGCGCGCGGCGCCGGCGGUCCGGCGACGCGACGCCCCGGGGCGCCGAGGCGCCCCGCGAGGCGCCGCGGGUCCAGGCGACGCCGCGGGAGCGGCCGCGGUCGUCGUCGGGGUCGCCGGGCCGCGACAUCCCCGAGUGCCGCGCGGGGUUGUCGCUCGCGGCCGACGACGGCGCGAAGCUCGGCGCGCGCGGCCGCCACCGCGCGGUCAUCGCCGCGAAGACGGACCUCGCGCUCGGGCGCAACGCCCUCGGCCCGCGGCCCGCGGCCGGCGACGCCGCGGCGCUCGACCGCCUCGCGAAGCGGGCCGCGCUGCUCGCGGCGGCGCUCGACGCGAAGGCGACGCCCGCGCGCCUGGCGGAGCUCGCGGACGCGCUCGAGGGCCUGCGGCGCGCCCAGGGCCGCGACGAGGCGGCGGGCCUCCCCUCCUGGGCGCGGGACGCGUCGGCCGUGCGCGAGGAGGCGACGGAGGUCGACCUCGCGCUCCGCGAGCGCGACGCGCUCGCGGCGCGGCUCGCGCGCGGCGCCGCGGAGCGGCCGCCGCCGCCGCCGCCCCACCAGCCGGGGCCGCCGCCCAUGCCGCCGCCGCCGAACUUCGAGGCCGCCAUGCCGCCGCCGCCGCCGCCGCCGAAGGCGCGGCCGCCGCCGGCGCCGCGCGACCCGGCCGCGGCGUUCGCGCGAUUCGAGACGAAGCUCGAGGCGGCGGCCGAGGGCGCGCUCCGCCUCGGCGACCUGCCCCUGCCGAGGCGCUCCGGCUCCGUGUCCGGCGCGUCGCGCGCGGACCCCGUCGACGACCGGAAGCGGGCCGUCCGCGCCGCGCUCCUCCGCUGGCACCCGGACAAGUUCGACCUCUCCAAGUUCCACCCGGACGACCGCGACGCCGUCAGCGACGCCGUCGCCGAGGUCACGCGGAGGAUCGUCAAGGAGAAGAAGUUCCUCGCCCCGAUCCUCGACACGAACUACGUGCUCGUGAAGAGCAAGGACGGCAAGCGGCCGCCGAUGCGCGAGGGCGCCGUCCGCAAGGCGAGCAGCGAGCUGACCGCCAAGCUCAACGAGGACGCCAAGGCCGAUCCCAGCAAGGACAGCUGGCUCGGCACGACCUUCGGCCCCUUCCUCUGCUGCUCCUACGGGACGGAGGAGCUGACCUGCCGCCGCGAGGCGGACGACCAAGAAAAGGAGGAGGAGGAGGACCCCUACCCGGAAGUCGGCGUGACCUCGCCGAGCGGCUCGCCCGUCGCGCGGUGCCGCGACAUGAGCCCGGACGACUUCGAACCACACGCCGACUUGCACGACGAGCACGCCGACUUCCACGGCGGCACGAUGUCCGCGUUCAGGGCGAUGAACGAGACCGACUUCGAGGCGGCGCAGGACGCGCUCGACGCCGACGAGCAGCCCGACGAGUCGAUCCGGGACUGGAUCAUCAAGUUCUACACGGAGUUCAACCCGGAGAAGCUCGGCUCCGUCGACGUGAUCCUGAGCAAGUACGUCGGCCGCGAGGACGAGCUCGUGCGCCAGCUCGAGCGCAAGUACGCGCCCAUCGCCGCGGGCGACGAGCCGGCGCCCGCGCCCGCGCCGCGGUCCGCGUCGCCGCCGCCGCCGCCGCCGCCGGCCGCGGCCGCGCCGCCGCCGCCGGAGCCGGAGCCUGAGGCGCCGCCGGAGCCGCCGACGGGCGACGCGGCGCUCGACGAGGCGCGCGUCGCGCUCGCGCGCGAGCGCGAGGCGUCGCGCGCCGUCGCCGGCGAGAACGCGCGGCUCCAGAGCGCGCACGCGCAGGACCGGCGCGCGGCCGAGGCGUCCGCGCGCGACCGCGACGCCGCGGCCGCGAAGCUGCGGCGGGACCUCGACGCCGAGAGAGUCGCGCGCGCCAAGGCGGCCGCGGCGCGCGACUCCGCGGAGGCGAACGAGCGGUCCGCGUCGACGCGCGUCGAAGCGCUGGAGGCCCGCCUGCGCGCCGCGGACGCGACGAACGCCGAGGCCGCCGCCGCGGCCGCCGCGGCGACGCUGAGCUGCAUCGCGAAGCACAAGCUGCUCGCGCGGACCGGGGCGGGAAAAGAGCGCGACAUUCCCAACUUCUAUCUCGGCCGUGUGCGGACCGUCGAGGAGCAGCAGGAGCUGACGUACCAUCUCAAAGCCGCGACGGAGACCAUCGCGACCUACUUCCCGCCGGACUUCGAGGCGGAGAUCGCCGCGCAGCUGAUCGCCCAGGACGCCCUCUACGCGGAGGACGCCGCGCGGGCCGCGAUGGACGCGGAGGCGGCGGGGUACCCGGAGACGAAGGACGACGACGACGACGCGUCCGACGACCCGGACGCGCCGGCGCUGCCGCCGCCGGAGGAGCCGCCCGCGGUCCGCGGCGGCCUGAAGCCGCCGCUGCUCGCCGCGCUCGAGAAGGGCGAGAUCUCGGCGGCCGCGCCGCCGCUCGCGCGCGACCCGGACGGCGACGCGAGCGACGCGGCGGGCCGCGACGGCAUCACGGGCCGGGCCUACGCGAAGAUGUACGCCUCCGCGCGGCAGCAGAUGGCGCGCAUGACGCGGGAGCGGAACAACGCGGAGCGGCGGGUUUUGGAAUACGCGCAGCUCAACAACGCGCUCGAGGAGGAGCUCGCGCUGCACCGGGCGGAGCUCGAGAAGAAGGCGGGCGCCGCCGACGGCGCGCGGUCCGAGAGCGACGGCCUGCGCGCGGACCUCGAGGCCGCGCGGGCCGCGCGCGACCGCCUCGAGGCCGCGCUCGCGAGGGAGCGGGCGGCCCACGAGGCGACGCGGCGCGACCUCCAGGAGGCCGAGGCCGUCGUCGACGUCGCGGCGGAGGCGCGGCGCGAGCAGGAGCGCUGGUUCGACGAGCAGCGCCGGCGCUGCGAGGACGAGGCGCAGGAGCUCGUCGACCGCGCGUUCGCGGACUCGUCGAUGCUCCAGGAGGAGCUGCUGACCCGGGAGCUCAAGAACAUGGAGGCGCGGCGGGAGAUGGUCGACGCCCAGGUCAAGGCCCGCGACGAGGAGAUCCAGCGGCUGUCGGAGCUCGUCGCGAAUUUGGACGCGAACGUGAAGGCGCGCGACAAGCAGGUCGAGACGAUGCAGGCCGAGCUCCACAAGGCCGCCAAGGCCUUCCUCCAGCACGAGAAGGACAUCGUCGCCCGCGCGCCCAAGGCCAUCGGCGGCGGCGGCCUCGUCGACGACGACGACGGCGCGGCCGGCGACGCGCCGCGACGGGACGACGCGGCCGCCGACGCGCCGCGGCGGGAGGACGCGGCCGGCGACGCGCCGCUCCCGUCGCUGCCCGCGGCCUACCCGGACGAGACGCCGCCGGUCCACGGGCCGCCCCUGCCGCCGAACUUCGAGCGGAAGCUGGACCUGUAACACGUUCUCGGUUG